GUUGGCCAGUCACCUUCAGGCUGCAAACUAAUUCCGCGCUUGUUGAGUGAAGCCAUGUAGUGUAGGAUUCGAUGUGCUUACAGCGGAGUAUAAAGGAGUCUGGACAAUGGCCAGUCUUUCUGUUCUGCUCUGUUCAAGCUUCAAUUGUGUCUCUUUUUGGACUGAAUCCCUCAAGAGACUAUGGAUAACAGACCUGAGCCCUUCAACGUUGCUGUCGUCGGCGGAGGCAUCGUUGGCCUACAUAUCGCCCUGGGUCUCUUGCAUCGCAAUAUCCCAGCCACCGUCUUUGAAAGAACUGCCCAGUUCAAAGAGAUCGGCGCAGGCCUCGGCUUCCCCAAGGUGGCCAUCGAGUGCAUGCGUGCACUUGAUCCUCGCAUUGCCGAGAGCUUCAAGACCAUCGCUGCCUCGACAACGGGCAGCUUGAGAUGGGCCGACGGCUACACCCAGGAAGACAUAAGACGGCGCACCAAGCCCUACGACUAUGAAGUUGUCGCUGGUGGCCUCGACUCCUUUCCCGGCUGCCACCGCGCCCAGCUACUUGAUGGGCUUGUUGCCCUUGCGCCACCCGAGAUGCUCAAAUUGAACAAAGAGCUAGACACCAUAGAGGAUCGGGGAGCUCACGAGAAGCUUCUUCUCCGAUUCCAUGACGGCACUACUGAAGAGGCUGAUGUCGUAAUUGGUUGCGACGGCAUCAAAUCCAGAGUGAGGAGGCUUGUGGUGGGCGAUGUCCCAGAAGCCUAUCCUUCCUACAGCCACCAAGUCUCAUACAGAGCUCUUCUGGACAUGGACACAGCGAUUGCUGCCGUCGGAGACACCGUCCGCUACCAGCUCAUGUAUAUGGGCCCCGGGGCACAUAUAAACACAUACCCGGUAGCGAACCACAAGGUCGUGAAUGUUGUGGCGUUUGUCCACGACCCAAGCGACCGGGGUGGCCCUGUGGGCAGUGGUGUGUCGGUGGCCAAGGGCGACAUUUUCCAGCAAUUCUCCUCCUGGGGCCCAGUCGUCCGUGCACUCAUCGACCAGCUCCCGGAUAAAGUCGACAGCUGGGCCAUCUACGACUCCUAUGACCAUCCACUGCCCACGUAUGCGUUCGGCCGCGUGGCUCUUGCUGGGGAUGCUGCGCACGGCGGACCGCCCCAUCACGGCGCGGGUGCCUCCAUGGGGAUCGAGGACGCACUCAGCCUGGCCACAGCGCUGGAAGAAGCGGCACGCUCGCUGCGCGGUGUUGUCGGCGUGUCGCCGACGGCCAGGCACGCAGCUAUCACUGCCGCGAUCAAAGCCUACGAUGUGGUGCGACGUGAACGCUCACAGUGGCAGGUGAGGAGCAGCCGGGCUGUGGCCGAUAUGUACCAGCGACGCAGUCCGGAAAUUGGUCCAGAAAAUUUCCAGAGGGAGAUGUCAGAACGAUCGCACAAGAUCUGGGACUUUGACUGGCAGGAAAUGAUACAGCAGACAGUAGAGGUGUUUCACAGAAAGUAAUAAUAAUCUUAAGCUAGCCCCUAUGAGCCAGCGUCCACCUACCCAGCUUCCACGGCCACCUACCCAGUGAUUUCCUUGGACCUACCUAGUACCUAUUUUUCUUAGCAACUCCCUUACAUUUACAAGUACUUUCUAAGUUAGCGCCAAGAGACCCCACAGCACAACUUCCUUCUCCAAUUUUCAGUACUUUAGGUACAAGCCCCUUCGGCACACCUUCUGGCACGCCUUCUGGCACACCUUCUGGCAUGCCUUCUGGCACGCCUUCUGGCAUGCCUUCUGGCACACCUUCUGGCACACCUUCUAGGACCCUUUACCUUCGCGGCUAUAUGUAUUUAGGUACUAACUAAGUAUUUAAA